AUGGCAACGAAAAUCCCUGUAACGAAAUAUUUCCGGCCAUUCGUUCCACCAUUACCGCCUGGCACGAAAAUCAGCAACGAUUUGUAUUGGGAUGUAUACAUUUAUCGGCCCUACUGUCGUCUCUGGGAACGUGUAUGGGUAUACUUGUACAAUCGUGUGAUUAAUCGCUUCGAGAUUGGCGUACAAGAUAAGGGGUAUAAUCCUCGCGUUCAUGGUCCAUACUGUCCGUGGAGAUAUUAUGGGAUUAAAAAAGAUAUAAAAUUGAUGGAUGUGAAAUUAUGCGAUCUGCCAUCAUGGUUUUCACGUCGUGACAAGUCCAUUGGAGGUAUUGCAAAUGCUGCUGUGAAAAGUUUUUACAGAUUCGAACACUACUAUUUCGACCACUAUCUUAUUAAUUUGCCGCGACUUUUCGUACGUUUCGUUCUUUUUGCUUAUCUUCUGGGAAUAAUACUUUUCUAUGAAGAAAUUCCGGCUUCUGCCGCUAAAUAUCACUGGUGA